UGCUACUGGUGGGAGUGAGAGAAAAAAAAAAAGCAAAUUAUGUUUUUUCUACCAUUAAUUGUGAUCUCUUUUUUCCUCUUUUUAGAUGCCCUCUCGCUUUGGCACUGCGGUGCGGAUCUUCAUCACCACCUUAUUCGCGGCAGUGGUGCUUUUUGCUAUCCUCCUGGCUUAUGUGACAGGUUACCAGUUCAUCCACACCGAGCAGCACCACCUGUCUUUCGGCUUGUACGGUGCCUUUCUAUCCCUCCACCUCCUCCUGCAGAGCCUCUUCGCCUUCCUAGAGCACCGUCAAAUGCGCGGCCCCUCCAGACCCCAGCACCUGCGACGCACCGUGGCCCUCUGCAUCGCAGCUUAUCAGGAGGAUCCGGACUACCUUCGCAAGUGUCUUCGGAGCAUUCGCCGCAUUUCUUUUCCUGGCCUUAAAGUAGUGCUGGUGGUGGAUGGGAAUCGGCAUGAGGAUGCCUACAUGAUGGACAUCUUCCAGGAGGUGAUGGGGGGAGUGGAGCAGACGGGCUGUGUGGUGUGGAAGGGGAAUUACCAUAGCGACGGGGAUGGAGGACAAGGGAAAGGCUCACUGCAUGCCGAGGAAGCUGCACGGGUGGCCAGGGUGGUGCGGAGCUGCCGUUACUCCUGCAUCAUGCAAGAGUGGGGUGGCAAGAGGGAGGUCAUGUAUACAGCCUUCAAAGCACUGGGAGAUACUGUGGAUUACAUACAGGUAUGCGAUUCAGACACUGUGCUUGAUCCAGCAUGCACCAUUGAGAUGCUGAAGGUUCUAGAAGAGGAUCCGGAAGUGGGUGGGGUUGGAGGAGAUGUUCAGAUUCUCAACAAGUACGACUCCUGGAUCUCCUUCCUGAGCAGUGUCCGUUACUGGAUGGCCUUCAACGUGGAGCGGGCAUGCCAGUCCUACUUCGGAUGUGUGCAGUGCAUCAGUGGACCUCUGGGAAUGUACCGCAACUCCCUUCUCCAGCAGUUCCUGGAGCCCUGGUACCACCAGACCUUCCUAGGAAGCAAGUGCAGCUUCGGGGACGAUCGGCACCUCACCAACCGCGUCCUCAGCUUCGGCUACAAAACCAAGUUCACGGCUCGCUCGCAAUGCCAAACCGAGACCCCCACACAAUACCUGCGCUGGCUCAACCAGCAGACCCGCUGGAGCAAGUCUUACUUUCGAGAGUGGCUCUACAACGCCCUUUGGUUCCACAAGCACAGCCUCUGGAUGACCUAUGAAUCUGUGGUCACCGGGUUCUUCCCCUUCUUCCUGGUGGCUACAGUCAUCCAUCUGUUCUACCGAGGCCGGCUGUGGAACAUCUUGCUCUUCUUGCUAACAGUACAGCUGGUGGGCAUGGUGAAAGCCACCUAUGCCUGCUUCCUGCGGGGCAGGCUUGUCAUGAUCUUCAUGUCACUGUAUUCACUACUCUACAUGUCAAGCCUACUUCCUGCUAAGAUCUUUGCCUUGUUGACUAUUAACAAAGCAGGUUGGGGAACAUCAGGCAGGAAGAAGAUAGUGGUAAACCUUAUUGGGGCCGUGCCUGUGACCGUGUGGGCAGCCAUACUGCUCGGUGGUGUGGUUUAUACCAUUUACUGUGAGGUGCAAGAGCCCUUUAGUGAGACAGAAAAGGCUCUUCUUAUCGCAGGCACCAUCCUCUAUGCCUGUUACUGGCUCAUACUCCUGGUGCUCUACCUGGCCAUAGUGGCCAAGCGCUGUAACAAAAGAGAGGAACAGUAUCACCUAUCCUAUGCCGAAGCCUAGCAUGAUCUCUCUAAAAGAUCUCUACAUGCUGUCAGGGCUCAUUUGAAAUGGCCCCGUCUUUACCUGGUGCUGCAAUCCUGGUUAUAAUCAUGGAUAAAGUCCAAGACUGUCGGAUGUUAGGUGGUUAUUUUUAAGCUACGUUAGCUAAGUUGUUAGCUAUGGCUGCUUGAGUGGAGUUUUUGAGAGAGCCAUAAUUUACACAAGCUGACAUCAGGAAUGGUGCUUCUCAUGAUUAUAAAGCACACAAUAAGAAAGUGGCCAGCCAAGGUGGGAACAAAAAGUUGAGCCAAAGGAUAAGUUGAUGUAGGCAAGCUGACACACUCAUAUUAAGUUAAGGGGUGAUGUUGGUGCUCGGAUGUAUAGUUAUAUAGAAUGUGAACUGUCGAGGAUAGAGAGGUGUAUGCCAACACUUGAGAAACCUGCAUAAGACACUAAGCUCGCCAAACCCAGUCAGUAUUUUAAUGUCCUUUAUCUGACAAUCCAGCAUAAUUCUAUAUUUCAUCGAUAGAAAUUGUGGUGCUGCUCAUACUUUUGUGGGGUAACAUGAUAGAUAGAACAUUCAAGAAAACCAACAGCAUUCACAGUUGAAGUUUACAGAAUCUGCAAAAUGUUCAUUAUUUUACCAAAAUAAGAGGGAUCAUACGAAAUGCAUGUUUUUUGUUUUUUUUUUAAGUACUGACCUGAAAAAGAUAUUUCACAUAAGAUGCUUACAAAUAGUCCACAAGUUUACAUAUACUUGAUUCUUACUGUGCUGUUACCUGAAUGAUCCACAGCUGUGAUUUUUUGGUUUGUUUGUUUAGUGAUAGUUGUUCAUGAGUCCCUUGUUUGUCCUGAACAGUUAAACUGCCUGCUGUUCUUUAGAAAAGUCCUUCAGGUUCCACAAGUUCUUUGGUUUUUCAACAAUUUUGUGGAUUUUUAGAUCCAUCUUUUCACAGUGAGGACACCUGAGGGACUGUUACAGAAGGUUCAAAUGCUCUCUGAUGCUUCAGAAGGAAACAUGAUGCAUUACAAGCCAGAGGUGUAAACUUUUGAACAAAAUUCCCCAGAAAACUGUUAAAUUUACCCUGAUCUUCAAAUUCCAAAAGUUUUCACCCCUCUUACUGUAUGAUCCCCCUUAUUUUGGUAAUUAACAUUUUACUUUUGACUUCAACUGUAAAUGAGAAUUUCUUGGUUCUCUAUAAAUAUUUACUACACUGUACAUGUUUACAGUUGAAGAUGUAUCAAGUAACAUCCAGUUUUAGUGAAUGCAUAGUGUCAGGCAACCAAAGAGGAUUGUCUCUAGUGUGUUUGUUAAAAAAAAAACAAUGGAGGAAAGAUUGUUCUCCUAUUUUUAUUCUCAUUCUCCCUUUUUACCAAAAAGACAAACUUGGUGGAAGUAUAUAAUAAAAACAUGUCUUUUUUAUUUUCAUUAUAGGUGGUGAAACCAGAGCUGUAACUAACGUAGACAGUGAUGCUUAAACUAUUACAACAAUUUUCCUUAGUUUUCCUAAGAACUUAAAAGCAUAAACAGUGUUAUAUGUAAGUAUCCAGUUAUACUGCCUAAAACUUUAGACAUUAAAUUUUUUUGUUUACAGACUUUGAAUAGCAUUUCUAAUAUUCAUUUUCUAUAGAGGUUUAUAAUUUAAUAACAUUUCAAUCAUGCUUCACUACCAGGUGAGAUUAUUUUUAACUUAAAAGGCAUGUGGACUUAUGUUGUGAUAUUUACUGCAUUUCCCACCCCCAAACUGAUUAUUUAUAUAACGUAUUUUAGCUAAUUCUGCAUGUUACAGAAUCUGACCAUCUUUGCAAAUUCUAACCUUUUCCUGUAACAUAAACUUACUAUAUUAUUCCCAUUAAUUUAAUUACAAUGUUCGGCUAGAGAGAUAAAUACAAAAAAGGCGAACUGAAGUAACUUAUUUAUGGUAUGCGAAGUUAGGCGGUUUUAAAGAUUACCACAUAUAGAUCAAAGGUGUACAGUGGGCUGUUUUUCCACCGUCAGCCCACCCAUGCAAUAAUUUGUAGAUUUACUUUGGUAUGAAUGCUAACGCUAGCAUUUUCUGCUCCCUUCCCCCCAAAACACACAUUAACUCUGGCGGAGAUCUAAACACUGAGGCUAGUGUGCAUAUGUGUGCAAGUUUAGAGAGAAGCUUUGAUUUUAUGAAACAUUUGGCUGCUUGACUUUUGCUUGUGCAUUACAUGUGAUAACAGUGAACUGCUGUGGACUGCAGCAUCCUAUAAAGCUGCAAAAAUAAGAUGAUGACUUUGAUGACACAAUGCAAGUAUGAAACCAGAUCUACAUCAUGUUUACAAUCAAACUUGGAAUCGCAUUGUUCACAUUUGUGUAUUUUCGGAUUUUAUGCAAUUCAGUUGUAGACUGAGUGCCAAGACUGAUACGCUCCUCAGGAACAGAGUGCGGGGCUUAAAAUGAUUUUUUAAAAAUGAGACCUGAACAAAUUGGGUUUAAGCAAUAUAGAAGAGGUAGAAACAGAGCCACAUUUACAGUGUGGGACAAAAAAAACAGUUUUGCUCUGCUGCCUGCCAAACACAACCAACUAAUAUGUAGAUGGUUCAUUUUAUUUUAUCAGUGAA